GUUCUCUCUUUAUCCAAAUGGAUCGUUCUUUUUCUCAAACGCGAUGCUGGAACUUCGGCCAAUCGCAUGAGAGAAAUGAGUAACGUGCCGUUUCGGUAUACGCAGCAGCAUAUGGCGGGCCUCUGUUGUUGUCAAUGGCGGCAGAAAUGUGCCGCUCAACAUCUUUACAGAUUUCUUCAACCCUGAUGACUGAUCUACCGACUGGAAGCAAGUACACCCUCAGAGAAGUUCGCAAACUCGUUGAAGAUGAUCCGGCGCUGCUACCCCGCGAGGAGAAAAAAAAGUAUAUAUCGGAACUUGUGGAGCAUAGGGCACUCAAAACGAGUGGCUCGCGUGCGAACAAUAUAGCAGCUGCGCGUGACGUGCUCGCAACGACAGAAAGAUCAAGCAGGAACUCGAUGGAUUACGCGAUCGAUGUGGUACAUAUACAACAUUCGUCAUUGCAGGCGGUCACGUGAAUGACCAGACACCUGCGACUUGGUAUGCGACAGACAAUGCCUCGGAUUUCUGGGAGGAUGCCUUAAAUCUCGUCCUUCAUCAUGUCGCGCGUAAAUUUGAGCAGUGGGCCUGCAGUCAGGGCAAAAGUAGAGCCCCACUGUUUAUCUUAUUAUGUUGAAGUUUUAUCUACAAGAUAUCGUGGAGCGCGAUAGUCUCGAAAACAUGCAAAAGCAAGCUGUGAGACUGAUUCUCACUGGUCUAAGUACGGAUGCAAUGUACAGCGGUGGCGCCUAAUUCAGCCCCAGCACCUUCUACUCCUAUUUCAGUUCCGUCGUCGCCGCCGAACAAAGAGCCCGAGGCAGGGUUAUACAAGGCAAAGUUUGCUUUCGAGGGUCAAGAAGGCGACAUAUCUUUGAAGAAGGAUGAUACCGUGGAACUGGUUUGAGAAGGAUGAAAAUGGGUGGUGGCCUGUAAGAAAGGUCGGGCAAGAGAGCUGGGCGC